AUGAUUUCACCAAGACGACCAUUAACGGAUGACAUCAAAUUACAAAUAAUAAAUGAAAAAGAGCAAAAUGGAUCUUCAGUAUAUGCCAUUGCUAAGAAAUUAGGUAGAAGUCCAUCUACAGUACGAUGUUUUCUAAAAUGUUAUGGAAAUGACCAUCAAUUGUCAAGAAAAAGAGGAAGAAAACCAAAAUUAACAGAUGAAAUUGAAGAAUUUAUUGCACAAUUUUCUGAUAAUAAAGACAUUUCUUGUAGUAAAAUUGCUGCUGAAAUUAAAAAGAAAUUCCCUGAUGUUUCACUUUCAAAAGAAACUGUUCGUGUUAUAAGACAAAAAUUACAUAAAGGAAGUAAUGAACUUGAAACACCAAGUUCAGGAAGAACUUCUCAUUAUGGUGAAUUUGAAAAUGGUGUUUUUAUUGGAAGGUUUACACAAAAAGAUGAAGAUGAAAGAAAAGAAUUUGCAGCAAAAAUUCUUGAAUUAAAUAGACCAAUUGUUUUAAGUUCAACUGCUAUAAUAGGAGUUGGAGAAAAUGGUGUUUUAACUCGUUGUAAUAAAGGAGAAAUGCCUGUGUUUACUGCUUUUACUGCUAAAGGAAAAUUAUUAGAAAUAACAGUAUGGGGAGCUAUAGCUAAUGGAUGGAAAUCACCUUUAAUUAACAUUAAAGGUGAUAUGUUACUUGGAGAAGCAUUAAAAAAUUAUGGUAUUUCUGAUGAAGUUUUAGAAAAAUUUGGUCCACAUGUAUUUCUUGACGAAAGGAUGUUAAAAGGAGAAAUUUUUCCUUUUUUAGAAUUCUUUCCUCAUGAUAGUUCUGAUUUAAAUCCUUUAAAUGACUUGUUCAGUAAAAUACAAGUCGAAGUUAAGAAUAGACAAUUUAGAAAUGAAGAAGAGUUAAUUAGUUUUGUUGAAUAUUUAUGGAAUAUAAUAUCUAUGGACGACAUCCAAAAUUAUAUUCAACAAUUUUAUGAUAGAAUUAACCAUUGUGUAUUAAAUCCUUGUGAAGGUUGUAGAUAA